GCGAUAUAAGGGGCAGUACCGGCCUUCAGACCUCGUGUGCCCAGAAACCUACGCCUGGGUUCCAAUAGAGCAGUGCGUAACCAUGCUGGAGAACUCCCGCUAUGCUCGUUUCAACCAGGAUCCUGAUGCAGGAGACCCCCGGGUGCUGAAGGACGUGGGCAGAGCUCUGGUGCUUUACAGACGGGCCGUCAUGCCGUACGCCGCCUACUCCCGUAAACGUAAAGGCUCCAGCGACGAGGCGGAGGUGCAGCAGUACGGCGGCUUGGUCGGCCAGGACUGCAUCGAGAGGAUCUUACUCUACCGCACCUAAAACACACCACUGUCACACCACUGCACCUUUCAAUCUCACGUGAAUACACACCUUCCAGCAAGCUGUGUGUCUCUCGUACGUCUGUGUGUCUCCUCGCUGUCUGUCAAAGUGCUUUCUGCUUCCAGUAGUCUCACCGCGCUUAGCAGGUGUAAUGCAGUGGCCAAUAAUUAUCUAUGUAUGUAGCCAUUCACCCAUUGGCCUCAUUCACAUUUAUUUCAAAAAAUAAAUAUAUAUUCAUCAAUGUAUCCUGCAUUAUCCAUUCUUAGUUCUUCUUCUUCCUUCUGUUUGAUUUGACUCCCAACAGGGACCUGUACCUUGGAUGUUAUUUAGAUUAUUAUUUUCUAUUCUCAGCCCUUAAGCAGUGAUGUUCCUGAUGAUGUCAUAUGCAGGUGACAGCUCUCCUCCGAGCGGACUCAGGUUCAGCCAUAUGUCAGCGUUAUCACUUGAGGAGCAUUUUUUCUUUUGAAUGUUCAGUGAUCUUUGAAGGUGGUUUUUACUUUGCUUACAUUACAUCCUCAAUCUUCUCUACACAGCACCACUCAAUAAUUGUUUAUCAUUGGAACAUUUUUUAAAGUUGUAUUUGCUUUUCUUUUAAUAUUGACAGUAUUUUUUUGUUUAACCGAAUAAAAGGGUUGUCUAUUCCAUG